AUGUGGAAAGACACCGAGCUUUCACAGUUGGUUGUAAGCACAUUCCUCAGCUUCAUGGUCUCAUUAUUGACCAGUUUAAGCACAAUUACCCAGAUUAUGAUACGAAAUCUCAAGACGAACACCUUGCAUCCAGAAGACACCGAAACCAAUAGAACGUUGAAGUUCACUCUGCUUUCCCCGAGCAGGGCUUCCAAUAUUCAGUUCUCGGUACCACAUCGCCUCCUUGCCAUCGCCAUCCGUCGUAAUGCACUGAUGGAUAUCAACACCCUGGAAGAGCUCUUUGAAAGUCAAUUACAAAACAUACGAGUGAAGCCCGAGUUCCUCGGCAAACCAGUUCUUCUGAGUGCUGUGUCCAAGGGCACGGCAGUUGACGCCAAUCGGCCGCUGAGAGCGACAGCUUUGACUGAGUAUUUGAAAUUACGCGGCCAGCGCGUAGGCUGUCCUCAAGGCACGGCUGCUUUUUCUGAAAGCCCUUCCGACAAACCAAGUGAGAGAAAGCCAUCACAUUCUACACUCUGUACGGAAGGUUUGUAA